AUGCAAGAUAUCAACACCUAUCAAAACAACCAUACUUACUACGCCCAUCACUCGUUUGUUAUGGUGCAGAAACAUGACUGGAACCACACUCUUCAGGAUGCAAUUAAGGCUAUAUCUCCAAGGGCAUUGCCCUCUGCGGAAGUGAUAGGCCAUAUUCGGAACACGAGGGUAGCAUUUGAUGUUGCAUCAAUGUACACAGAACAAGAUUCGCAAACCAUCUAUUUCCUGCUUUUGAUCAAAGUCAUCGUGCUCUUCAAUGCAGAUCAAUACGACAAGGCAAACCUGCUCCUCAAAGAACUUACUACCGGAUGUCUGAAUGCUGAUAACUCGUGCAUAUCAUAUCGUGGAGGUAACAAUAAUGCAUAUCUAUGCAUUCAGCUCGGACUCAAAGCCUUGGACAGCACAUGUCACGACGAAGCUGCUGAGCAUUUCAUUGCUGCUCUCAACUCCAGCGCUUUGCCAUCGAAAUCUGGUGUUCAUGACAUUUACAAGGAUUUGAUGGUGCUCUUCGACUGGAAUCUCAAAUCAUUGUGGCUCACCUCAUGCCAGAAACGGUGUGAUGCACUCCUUCAGGCAGAUAAACUUCUAGAUGCCAUCAAAUCAUACCGAUUCUUAAUGGAUGAUAUCGACAAAAAAGCAAAGGCCAGCUGCCUUGAAUGGUCUAAUGGCAAGUCUAGAGUUUUUAAUGUUGAGCAGGCUGUGAUCCUUACCACCAUUUCACUCAGCUUUCACAAAAAAUGCAGCGCGCUAGUUCUUACUAGGGGACACCAGGAAGCCUCAGGCAUGUCUUCGAGUUCUGGAGCGCAUUACGCAAAGAAAUUUGGAUUCAAAAAUCACAAACUGCCGAUAUACAAUACUGGUCAUCAUACAUUUGUCGUACAUAUAUGA